GUUUCAGAUAAUGCUUAUUUGGUUCCUCCCAAUGAUUGUCGUCAUAAAAAAUAACAACGUUGGCUCUUAAUUAUUGUGUAACUAAUAAGAGUUCAGUAUAUGAUCAGUAUCAAUCACGUGAUAAUGUAUCAUCAAUUAUUAUCAAGCGGAUGUAACAACUAACAAGUAAUACCAUAGGAGAGAGGGGCAUUUUAUGUUUCUAUAAAAGCCAUAAGACUGGAGACUCCAACUAAAUGUAAACAAUCUGCCACGUAGAUUCGAAGUUUAACGUAGUAUAUUAUUUACAAAAACACAUUUUUACCUUGAGCUAUAUUCGUGAUCUGCUGAAAAAUGAAAAUUGGAAAUAAAAAAUCAAUUGCAAUCAUUGGAUGUGGAGCCGCUGGUUUACCGGCUUUGAGACAUUUUUCUGAAGAUGAGUCAUUUACGUGUGUGGCAUUUGAACAAACUGACAGUGUUGGAGGUACUUGGGUGUACACCGAUCAAAUUGGCACAGAUCAGUACGGACUUCCGGUCCAUUCUAGCAUGUACAAAAGCUUAAGGACCAAUUUGCCAAAAGAAAUUAUGGAGUUGCCAGGAUUUCCACAUAAAGGUCCUGAAGACAAGUCAUAUGUGGCGGCCAACGAAAUGCUUAAAUACUUGGAAGACUAUGCUCAACAUUUUGGACUGACAAAACACAUUAAGUUCCAUCACCACGUUAAAGAAGUCUAUCCUUUAGAAGGCGACCGAUGGAGAGUAACAGUAGUUAAUUUACAGUCGCAGCUUACUAAGACAUUGGAAUUUGAUGGGGUCAUUGUUUGCAUAGGGAAUUACAGCAACCCAGUAAUACCAGACGUACCUGGAAUACGAAAAUUCCAAGGUAUGAAAAUACAUAGUCACGAUUAUAGAGAUUCGUCGAUUUUCAAAGACAAAUCAACAGUUGUUAUUGGCUGUGGGCCUUCGGGUCUGGACAUUUCGUUUGAUAUAGCCAAAGUAGCUUCAAAGGUAUACUUAAGUCACCACAAUCAAAGAGUUAAAAACAUGAAAUGCCCAUCUAACAUGGUACAGAAAGUCGACUUACAGGAAAUGGUAGAAAACGGUGUUAUUUUCAACGACGGUUCCUAUGAAGAAGUAGAUUGUGUACUGUAUUGCACAGGGUAUACAUAUAAGUACCCGUUUUUGAGUCCCGAAUGCGGCAUUCGCGUGGAGAACAACAACGUUAAGCCACUUUUCAUGCACACGGUUAACAUUGAGCAUCCUACAAUGUUCUUUGUUGGAAUACCCACCAAUACCACUGGUUUUUGUAUGUACGAUCUACAGGUGCGAUUCGCGAAAACCUUCUUGUCAGGCCGUAAACGUUUACCGAGUAAAGAAGACAUGUUAGAAGACACCCGUAAAGAUGUGGAGUCGAGACUGGAGAGUGGACUACGACCUAAAGAGCUCCACAUGAUGGGUCGGAAAUCAAAAGACUACUUCGAUUCACUGUCGGACUUAGCAGGGCUUGAACCUAUAGCUCCUGUGGUGCUCCAAAUUUAUUUCGACGGAUUUGAUAGGUUCAUGUGUGACUUUUCCCACUUCAGAGAAGAUAAAUACAAACUGCUGGACAAUGAACACUAUAUGGUGCAGUUUCCCAAUGAAGUCCACCCAAUAAUGAAAAAACAAGAAAUAGUUUCGUAGUAAUUUUUUGUAUUAAAAAAAAACCCCUCCAAACUAUAAUAAAAUAUGUAUUAAACUAGCCUUACUCUUAGCAAAUAUAAUUUAAGU